AUGAUUUUGGGUGAUAGGUGUUUGUCUGAACUCAGUGGUGAAGAUCAUAAGCGAGUACCGAGUGCUCUUGCUUCUUUCCUGAAGCCGGAAUGUUUUAAGCUGUAUAUUGGAGAAAUGGAAGAAGAGGUCAGGAGGCACCUUGAGAUGCAUUGGAAUGGGAAGAAGAACAUUAGUCUUACAUUCAACAUAAUAUGCACUCUUCUUUUGGUGUUGAACGAGGAGCGCGGAGAGUUAAACUGGUCCAGUAUUUUCAAGAGAUACUUGAAGGAGUGUGGUCAAUCCCAGUUAAUUUUCCUUUCACACGCUUCAACCGUGGCCUCAAGGCCAGUGCAAGGGCAUGACACCUCAGCAGUCCUGAUUUCUUUUAUCAUCCGACUUUUAGCAAAUGAUCCAGCCAUAUAUGCAGCUGUUCUGAAACAACACGAAGAGAUCAAAAAGAACAAGCCCUCUGGAGAGUUCUUGACAUGGGAAGAUCUUGCCAAGAUGAAGUACACUGGGAGAGUGGCAAUGGAGACUCUGAGAAUGAUUCCUCCAGUUUUUGGAGGGUUCAGAAAGACAUUAAAAGACAUCGAGUAUGAAGCACCUCUUUCCAAAAGGAUGGCAAGAUAUGAGUUCGUAAGAAUUGAAACUCUGGUCACUGUUCAUUAUCUGGUUACUCAAUUUACUUGGAAACUAUGCUGCAAUGACAACUCCAUUAGAAGGGAUCCAAUACCAGUACCUGCUCAAGGACUUCCAAUUCAAAUAUGGCCAAAGUAA